AUGGCCGCGGGGCUGGCCGCCGUGGCACCGGCGGGGCGCCUCCUGGACUUCCGCGACAGGAGGCUGACGCGCGAGGUCGUGGGCCUGGGCGUGGCCCUCGCGAGCCCCGGCGCGGCUGGCACGCCGAAGGCACUCGCGCUCGCCUCCGGCGGUGCCUCCCCGGCGGCGGCCUCGGCCGGCGCCGCGGCUGGCGCCGCGGGCCUCGCGGCGUCCAUCGAGGCCCGGGGCCGGGCGCUCCAGGCGCACGAGCUGCAGCGGGCCUCCCGCGCCCCCGCCGGCGCCCCUGCCGCGGCUGCCGCGCCGACGCCGGAGCCUGCCCGAGAGGAGGGGGGCGGCGAUGUCCCGGAGCUCCACGAGGCCCCGAGGCCGCCGGAGGGCAGCGGGUAUGCGUACCCGACGUACGUCGGCCCGCUGCUGCCGACGCUGUCGGAGCGACUUGGGCACGCGCCUGUCGGAGGCCGGCCAGAGGCAGCCGCGCCCGCGAGCGCGCGCAGGCAGCGCAUCGAGGCGCUGGAGCGCGGGAUGAGGGCGUACGAGGAGGAGCGGCUGCUGCGGCUCGCCAGCGGCACCGCGCCGCUGCUGGGCCCGGGAGGCCAGCCGCUGCUGCCCGUCCCGCCGCCCGAGGCUCACGGGCCUCGGCUGGGCCUGCAGACGCGCUUGCACCUCCUGUCCACCGCGCGCUCACAAAGCAGCACCUGA